CGUACCAAAGAUGUUUAACUAUGAACGUUCUUCCGAGUUACAAACCUAUAUCUUGGGUCAUUUUAAUAACGAUUACCUUGAACUUGACGAAUUGGCCAUUUAGUUAAUAGUGAGUUCCCUCAGCUAAAUUGAACUACUAUUAAUGUAAACACGUCAAUUGCAACUAUUUGGUGAGCGGCUGUAUCUCACUACAGUAAACGCGUUCAAGUUGCCCCAGCACAUUAAAUUAGUUUUACCUCUCAAAGGAUUGUGGCUAACGUUGUUAGUCUAUAUAAUGUAUACAUGUUUACUUUAAGAGGUAGACCGUGUAGUUUGCAGGAAAGGGUACAGUCUCCCAAUUCAUUCGGAGUUGACCACUACGACAUGACUGUCUUUUGCGUAGAACAUCUCUAGAGUCAAUGUCAAACGAUCCGGGAUCAGUUUCCUCCACAAGAGCCACCUCUAAAAUCCACUCACUGUUAAGACCGUCUACAUUGCGAUCAACGGAAGACGCUAAUGAAGAUAAGAGUCACAGACCCGGCGGCGUAACACAUUUAGUCAGCAGGCAGGCAAGAUGAAUUCCCUCACUGGAAGGGCAGCGUUGCAUCUCUGUAGACGCGCGGCCGGUGGAUUCCCCUCUCAGGCGGUGAGGGUCUGCCACGGCGGGGACAGCUGCAAAGCCAGCGUAAACACCAAGAAGCGCGGCUAUGACAUCACUCGGAACCCCCACCUCAACAAGGGUAUGGCUUUCACCCUGGAGGAGCGCUUGCAGCUGGGCAUCCACGGCCUGCUGCCCCCCUGCUUCUUGUCCCAAGAUGUCCAAGUACUACGUGUAAUGAAAAGCUAUGAAACACGUGUCAAUCCUCUGGACAAGUACAUCUUGCUGAUGACACUACAGGACAGGAACGAGAAGCUCUUCUACCGCGUGCUUACGUCGGACAUUGAGGAGUUCAUGCCCAUCGUCUAUACGCCCACCGUGGGCUUGGCCUGCCAACAGUACGGCCUGGCCUUCAGGAGGCCACGAGGACUCUUCAUCACCAUCCAUGAUAAAGGCCACAUUGCAACCGUGCUCAACUCGUGGCCUGAAGAGGACAUAAGAGCCAUCGUGGUGACAGACGGCGAGCGUAUCCUCGGCCUCGGGGAUCUGGGCAGCUAUGGCAUGGGCAUUCCCGUGGGGAAAUUGGCUCUGUACACGGCCUGCGGCGGAGUUCAGCCGCAGCAGUGUCUCCCCGUGUUGCUGGACGUGGGAACGGACAACCAGAACCUGCUCAACGACCCCCUCUACAUCGGCCUGAAGCACAACCGAAUCCGAGGGAAGGAGUACGACGCGCUCAUCGACGAAUUCAUGCAGGCCGUGACGGACAAGUACGGGAUGAACUGCCUGAUUCAGUUUGAGGACUUCGCCAACAGCAAUGCCUUCCGCAUCCUCAAUAAAUACAGGAAUCGCUACUGCACCUUCAACGACGACAUCCAAGGCACGGCCUCUGUAGCGGUGGCCGGACUGCUAGCAGCUUUGAAGAUCACCAAAGACAAACUGUCGAACCACACCUUCAUUUUCCAAGGCGCUGGCGAGGCUGCUCUGGGCAUCGCUCACUUGCUAAUGAUGGCCAUGGCCAAGGAGGGCUUGUCUCGAAAGGAAGCCGCCAAAAGGAUCUGGAUGGUGGACUCCAAAGGUCUCAUCGUGAAGGGUCGAAGUCAUCUGAACCAUGAGAAGGAGGAGUUUGCGCACGAGCACCCCCACCUGAAGACCUUGGAGGAAGCCGUGCACACCAUCAAACCCACUGCCAUUAUUGGAGUCGCUGCCAUCGGAGGGGCGUUCACGGAGAAGAUAAUUAAGGACAUGGCGUCCUACAACGAGCGGCCCAUCAUCUUCGCCCUGAGCAACCCCACCAGCAAGGCCGAGUGCACGGCAGAGCAAUGUUACAACAUCACGGAGGGUCGCGGGAUCUUCGCUAGCGGGAGUCCAUUCAGCAAGGUGACGCUGGCCGACGGACGCUCGUUCUACCCCGGACAGGGAAACAACGCCUACGUGUUCCCCGGGGUGGCCUUGGGCAUCAUCGCCUGCCGAGUUCGGCACAUCUCCGAUGAAAUCUUCCUCACCACUGCAGAGGCCAUCGCUGAUAUGGUGACCGAGGAGCACUUGGCCGAGGGGAGACUCUACCCUCCUCUUAAAUCCAUCAGAGAGGUGUCCUUCAAGAUUGCUGUCAAGAUUGUCAACCAUGCGUACAAGCACAACGUUGCCUCGGUGUACCCGGAGCCAAAGGACAAAGAGGCGUUUGUCCUCUCUCACAUCUACAGCCCAGACUACGACUCCUUCACACUGGACACGUACGGUUGGCCGCAGGAAGCUAUGAACGUGCAGGACGUGUGACCAUCACUGCCCCUUGAAUAGUGCAUACUACUUAUGCCUUUUAUUACCGUAUUGGUCCGAAUAUAAGAUGGCCCUGAUUACAAGAUGACACCCUCUUUUUCAAGACUCAAGUUUGAAAAAAUACUUUUUGAACACCAAAUUCAUUUUUAUACAGAAAAUAAUUACAGUGCAUCUGAAACAAAUGAUUAUAACAAAAUAUUUGAGAGAAAAAGCAUCUUGAAGUUCACACCAUAACUUCUUAGCUGCCGGUUAACCUGGCAGAUAUUCGACCUACUUUUCUCCAGAUUGUCGCUAGGUUUCUCCAUUUUCUGUUGUCUCUUCAAUUAUUUUCUUCUCUUUUCUUUAUUGCUUUUUUAAAAAUUAUUUUUCUUCUUUGUGCUACCAGUAUUUUUAUUUUUAUUCUUCGUGAGAUGGUUCGCUUUGGCCUGGGGAGUCAAGUUCAGCAUUCGCUUCGAUAUCUGGCGCCAUCUAGCGUCGAGAAUGGGUAUAAUGUCUCGACCCCAAAUAUAAGACGGUCCCCACUUUUUCAAUCUUAUUUCAAUGUAAAAAAAACACAGUCUUAUAUUCGGGCCAAUACGGUACUAUUUACUUUCUUUCCUUAUAAUUUACGUCAGGAUUUCUUUGCACACCGUAUAGUAACACAGCACUCCGACUCCUGACUGAAGCUGCCCAAAUGGUAAUUUUACAUCACUCCUUUUACCCGAUUGCUGAUUUCAUAAAACAUGUUUUUGUUCCUCUUCUUUGCCCUUGAGCGGCGGCGACACACUGGGCUAACAGCACUCCCUGUCAAACGUGUGUCGUUUAUGUCAAGAUGUAGACUGAGCGUGUCGAUGUGACAUUUUAAAGCGUGUUGAUGGUGUUUUGUGCUUGAAGUUUUUAAAAGCGAACAUUAAACUUUAAAUUGAACUUUUCAAAGUCA